AAAUUAGAGGGAUUGGCCAAGUAUACAUAUAGUGGCUAUUGGCUAAAGUUUCUUUUAUCGCAGUGGACUCUCUCCCUCUGUUCACUGCCAACAAUGCUUCUUCAGUUUUCUCCGGCGAAGCCUCCGUCGAAUCUCCGCCGCAUAUCGCCGUCAUCCGCCGUAUCUCCGCUGAGAUUGUUCCGUAUCUUUGCCAUCGACGCUGCGCAGCCGUUCGACUACGAGACCCAACUGAAAUCGGAGCACCAAAAAUCCUCCGCUCUGAAGAUCGCCGUCGUGGGGUUCGGCAACUUCGGCCAAUUCCUCUCCAAAACCUUAAUUCGCCAUGGACACGACCUCCUCGCUCACUCCCGUUCCGAUCACUCCGCCGCAGCCUCCGCCAUUGGGGCUCGCUUCUUCGCCAACCCUCACGACCUCUGCGAACAGCACCCCGACGUCGUCCUCCUCUCCUCCUCCAUCCUCUCCACCGAAUCCGUCCUCCGGUCGUUCCCGUUUCAGCGACUCCGUCGAAACACGCUCUUCGUCGAUGUACUCUCCGUCAAAGAGUUCCCGCGCAAUCUGUUCCUCAAGUACCUGCCGGAGGAAUUCGACAUUCUGUGCACUCACCCGAUGUUCGGCCCGGAGAGCGGGAAAAACUCGUGGUCAGGGUUGCCCUUUGUCUUCGACAAGGUAAGAAUCGGAGAGGAAGCUUCAAGAAUAGAGAGGUGCGAGAAAGUUUUGAGGGUUUUUGAGAAGGAAGGUUGCAGAAUGGUGGAGAUGAGUUGUGAAGAGCACGACAAGCACGCAGCUGGGUCGCAGUUCGUGACACACACCAUGGGAAGGGUUCUGGAGAAAUUCGGAGUGGAAUCUUCUCCGAUUAACACAAAGGGUUACGAGACAUUGCUCGAUUUGGUGGAGAACACAGCGAGUGACAGCUUCGAGUUGUACUACGGGCUGUUCAUGUAUAACCAAAACGCUCUUGAACAGCUCGAGAGACUUGACAUGGCGUUCGAAUCGAUCAAGAAGGAGCUGUUUGGGAGGUUGCACCAAGUUUACAGGAAGCAAUUGUUCGGUGGUGAUCUUGAUUUGGGAGAAUCGUCGAAUGACACGACAGGGCCGAAGUUGGUCGGAAAUGGCGUUCCCGUGGAAGAGAGGUCGUCUUCUUAGUUCUUCGUGAUGGUUUGAUGUUGAAAUUGAAAGAUGGAUGAUUUUACAAUCAAAUUCUUAUCCAAAUGCUCCAUUGUUCAUAUGGGUAAUGAAAAUUUCAUCUUUUUGAGUAA